CGGAAGUAAGCCUUAGUCAUUACAGAAAGGCCGAGAGAGUAGGAAUGGAGACAGUACUACAGUGUUACGUGUCUGCAUCGCCCUUGGGCGUCAAUGUCUGGAAAUUUGGAGAUCGCGAAUUUGACCAGCAGAGUGGACGGAACUACCACACAGAUAUGUACAGGGAUGACAAGAUGAGAGUCACUCUAUCACUGAUGAUUUUAAAUGUUGGUGAGGAGGAUUAUGGGAAAUAUACAUGUGAAGCGCACAAUAAGUAUGGAAGAAGCGAGAAAUCAAUGUAUCUGGACGGUACGCCUUAAAUUGAUCUCCUACCUACGAUGAAUCAAAAAUAUCAUUUAUGAUUGUCAUGUAAUCAUAAGAUAUAAGUUCAUCAACAUAUUUUUU